UCCUUUAAAAGUAAAUAUUUAUUAGCUAAUUAAUUGGAAUACUUACGAUAAGUUUAGUAUCGAUGAGUCUCUUUAGAGAUAUUUUAGCACGUUUCCCUCGGGGCGGCCUAGCAUAUGUUUUUGCCUAUGGAUCUGGAGUAAAGCAGCAGUUAGGCUACAAAAAAAUUGACCAACAGAGAGACAAUAUUAUUGAUUUAAUAUUUUGUGUAAAAGAUCCCUUGGGUUGGCAUGCUGAAAACAUUGAACGUCAUGAAAGCCAUUAUUCGGCGUUAAGACAUUUGGGACCUACUUUUAUUAUGAAAUAUCAAGAAUAUUUUGCAGCCAAAGUGUAUUUUAAUACUUUAGUGCCAUUCCCGGAUUUGGGUGUAAAUAUAAAAUACGGUGUAAUAUCAAGGGAGCAUCUGUUACAAGAUUUAUUGGAAUGGAGGUAUUUAUAUAUUGCUGGACGCUUGCAUAAGCCGGUUCGUGAUAUUGUGCCAUUCGAAAGCGAUCAAUUAUUGACGGAUGCAUUAGCAAAUAACUUAAACAUUGCUUUCCAAAUUGCUUUGCUAUUACUACCCGAAAAGUUUACAGCAUUUGAUUUGUUUUGUGCCAUAUCAAAUCUGAGUUAUAAAGGAGAUUUUCGUAUGAUUUUCGGUGAGAAUAAAAAUAAAGUACGAAACAUAGUAAAAGCUCAGUUACCAGAGUUUUUCAAAUUAUAUGAACCAGCCAUGAAGUCCUUAAGUCAAUAUGUGGCCAUGAAAUUUAAAACCAAAACUCGGAACGUAGAAUAUUUUGAACAAGAUAAGUCACCAAGUGUAAACGAACAUCAUUUGCGGUAUGCUCCGUCAGAGUUACGUAAACGUUUGCUAAAAAAUGCUGCUUUCAAAGGCACGUACGCAGAAGUUAUUGUCCAUUUAGCAAUGCAAAAAAAUUUACACGAUAUUGUUCAGGUUUCAGUAAACGAUAUAGUAUGGCGUAGCAGCAUAACACAAUCUUUAAAAAAUAUUCCAAGCGCUGGAUUCGUCAAAUCCUUAGCAUAUAGUUAUCGUAAAGCUUUAAAAACUUUUUCUGCGUAAAUCGGUCAUCUUACUUUCAUAUCCAUUGCCACUCUCUACUUGCUUUUAUUUGUAGGACAAAUGCAUUUUCAUCGCUUUUUAAUUAAGGCUUUAAAGUUGAUAAUUAGUGUGUAAAUAAGUAAAGUCUAUUU